AUGGCGCCGAUCAAACCCCUCCUCGAGAAGGUCAAGCUCUCAAUAUGGGGCCCCGCGGGAGUCGAGCGGUCGCUCCUGAUCAAGCUUGAUUUCACCGUCCUCAUCUACUUCUCGCUUAUCUGGUUCCUCUUCGGCAUCAAUCGGGCCAGCUACAGCACGGCCUACAUCAGCGGCAUGAAGACGGCCCUGAAUUUCCAAGGAAAAGACUUCAAUUACAUGCACACCAUCUACACCGUCACCUAUGCCGUGUUUCAGAUGCCCUCGACCUCGCUCUUGACCAUCGCCCGGCCCCGAUACGUCUUCGUCGCCGCAAAUACUCUCUGGUCCAUCCUCACCCUCGUUACCUUCCGCGUCGACCAUGUAUGGCAGGUCUUUGUGCUCAAUGGGUUCGAAGGCGCCCUCUCCGCCAUUUGCUAUGUCGGAGCACAUUACAUCUACGCAUCCUGGUAUAAACAGUCCGAGCUUGGCAAGAGAGCCGCCAUCUUCUGCGCCUUUGGCAAUAUAGGCAACAUGGCCGGAGGCUGGAUUCAAGCCGGCCUCUUGGGCUCUCUGUCGGGCAAGCACGGCCUUCCGGCGUGGCGAUUGAUCUUCAUUGUUGUUUCUGUCACCACGAUUCCAAUCGCGCUGUUCGGCUGGUUCUUCAUCCCUGACCUCCCAUCCCACAAACACGCUUGGUUCUUAACCCCCGACGAAAGAGAGUAUGCUGCGAUUAGACUGGGCACCAGUCGGAAACACAGUUGGGAUCUCUCCGUCCUAUGGCGGGUGCUUUUCAGCUGGCAGUUCUGGCUCCUUCCCACCAUCUUCAUGUUGUACUCUCUUUCGGUGCAGAUGCUGGGUAACAACGUCAUGCCAUUGUGGAUGGCCUCCCGAGGCUACACCGUUAUCCAGCAGAACAACUAUCCGACAGGAGUCUUCGCUACCGGGAUCGUGGCCACCUUUCUCUACGCUUACAUCUCGGAUAAGAUCCGGUCUCGCUGGCAGGUGUCCCUCGCCAUUGGCUUCACCUUCGUCAUCGGAAGCGCCAUCCUCCUGGGCGGCCCGUACAGCAGCAACGGAGCAUACUUCUUUGCAUUCUACCUGAUGGGUACUACAUACGCCCCGCAGGCAGUCUGGUACACCUGGAUGGCCGAGUUGACAUCACACGACGAGCAGCUGCGGGCCAUCACGACCGGCUUUAUGAACUCGUUCGACUUCGCCUUUGUGAGCUGGUGGCCGCUGAUCUUCUAUCCCGUCACGGACGCUCCGAACUAUCGCAAAGGCUACAUCGCGAGCUUGGCCACCGGUGCUGCCACAAUCCCCCUCAUUGUUCUGAUUGCCUGGCUAGAGAAGAGAGGCCGCGCCAAGGGUAUUCUUGGACGUACCCCAGCAGAAGACCAGACCGAAGUUGACGGCCACAGUGGCGGCUCCAAAGACAACAGUGACUAUGGUGUCAACGCCGACGACGCGUUCACCAAGGGUGCCACCGCUAUCCAGCCCGUUCCAGUCGCGGUGGUGUAG